AGGAGGGGGGGGGAAGACUUCAACACGAGGGAAAGAAAAUCAGGACUUGGGAUUUUUUUUUCUCUUUGAUCUUUCUUCUUUUUCCCUCCCUCUGUGUUCAUUCUGUGUUAUGUUAAUUGCUUUUGAUUCAUUUAGGCUUUUUUCUCCCCUCUGUCUACCUUGGUUGAACCUGUACAUAGUACUGCCAUGGAGCCUCACAAAAAUAUUCUGUGGUUUUCAGCAUCGGCUUCCAAGGACAAUCAGUGGGGGAGAUAAGAGGAAGUCUCUUCUAGGCACGAUGGAUCCACGCACCUGCUUAGCUCUCUCUCUGGGCCUGGUGUUGUUGUCAACUGGUUCAUCUUAAUGCUGCUUUUGUCUGGAUUUAAUAGGAGCCAUUUUGUUGAAUUGCUUCUCUGUCCACUUCACACUUUUCUGGAGGGGAUUUGAAAAAAAAAAAUGUCCAACUGCUCCUGAUGGGGAGGCUGACUGAAUGUGAUCCUGUUUGUGCUCGCUGAUCUAAAGGGGGAGACCAGAUCUCUCAGUAAACAAAAACUUAUGAGCAUCCUCCUGCACUGUCGAUGGAAAAAAGAACGAGAGCCUUGCUCAAACCAGGGUAGGGCCAGUUCUCCGUCCCUGAGCCAAAUCCCCACACAAUGUUGAAUUAUGAACGUGCCACAUCAUGAGUCUCUCGGGGCAGGUAACUGUGCACCGUGCCUGGAACUCAGCCCUGCUCUGUGCAGUCUACCUCAUGGUGCGAGCGUGGAGUGUGUGCGCGGCCCCCUCGGGCCCCCUCAACUGCCCGGCUGUCUGCUCCUGCAGCAGCCAGUUCAGUAAGGUGGUGUGCACCCGCCGCGGGCUCGUCCGAGUGCCUCCAGGGAUCCCCUCCAACGCCCGCUUCCUCAACCUGAUGGAGAACAGCAUCGAGACCAUCCAGGCGGACACUUUUCGCCACCUCCAUCACCUGGAGGUCCUGCAACUGGGCAGGAACUCCAUACGGCAGAUCGAGGUGGGCGCCUUCAAUGGCCUGACCAGCCUCAACACGCUGGAGCUGUUCGACAAUCGGCUCACGGUCAUACCCAGCGGGGCGUUUGAGUACCUGUCCAAACUGAGGGAGUUAUGGCUCAGGAGCAACCCCAUCGAGAGCAUACCGUCAUACGCGUUCAACCGAGUGCCCUCGCUCAUGCGCUUGGAUUUGGGCGAACUGCGAAAGCUGGAGUAUAUUUCAGACGGUGCUUUCGAGGGAUUAUACAACUUGAAAUACCUUAAUCUUGGAAUGUGUAAUCUGCGCGAGAUGCCCAACCUCUCGCCGCUGGUGGGACUGGAGGAGCUGGAGGUCUCGGAGAACUUCUUCCCUGAGAUCAAGCCUGGCUCCUUCAGAGGCCUAAAGGUUCUGAAGAAACUCUGGAUUAUGAACUCCAAGAUCACGCUUAUUGAGAGGAAUGCUUUUGAUGAUGUCACGGGCCUGGUUGAGCUGAACCUGGCCCACAACAACCUCAGUUCCCUCCCGCACGACCUUUUUGCACCCCUGAGCUACCUGGUGGAGCUGCACCUCCACCACAACCCGUGGCGGUGCGACUGCGACGUGGUGUGGCUCUCCUGGUGGCUGCGGGAGUACAUCCCCACCAACUCCACGUGCUGCGGCCGCUGCCACCAACCGGCCCACAUGCGAGGACGCUACCUUGUGGAGGUGGACCAGACGACCUUUCAGUGCUCGGCGCCGUACAUCUUGGACGCGCCGCGGGACCUAAACAUCUCAGCGGAACGCGUGGCCGAGCUCAAAUGCCGCACGGCGCCCAUGUCCUCGGUGCGCUGGCUGCUGCCGAACGGCACAGUCCUGACGCAUGGCUCCAACCACCCACGGAUUGUUGUGCUCAAUGACGGCUCACUGAACUUCUCCAACGUGCUGCCGUCCGACACGGGCAUCCACACCUGCAUGGUGACCAAUGUGGCGGGCAACUCCAACGCCUCUGCCUACCUAAACGUGAGUGCGGCCGAGCUCAACACGUCUGACGUGGUCUGCUGCACCACCACCGAGGUCGUUGACGUGGUGGAGCCAGUCUCCGAGAACACGUUCAAGCCCAAGACCACCGUCACGGCCUCGCCGUCAGUCUUUCAGCCCGUCUUCAUCUCCACGCCGACCGUACUGCUCCAGACCCCGCGGCAGGUGUCUGUGCCGACCUCGCCCCGCAACACCCCGCGCCCGCCCUCGCCCAGCCUGGACGACAUGAUGAAGACCACCAAGAUCAUCAUCAGCUGCUUCGUGGCCGUGACCAUGCUGGCCGCCGCCAUGCUUGUGGUCUUCUACAAACUGCGCAAGCGGCAUCAGCACCGCAGCAGCGUGGCGGCCGCCAGGACUAUAGAGAUCAUCCACAUGCAGGAGCAGGAGCAGGAGGUGCCUCCACCGGCCUCCUCGGGGACCUGCCUGCCCGGGGAGGGCCUGCGUGACCACAACAGCAUCUACAAGCCCUACAGCAGCAGCACCUACAAAGCAGCACACGGAGCAAUGUGGACAGAUAACAACAUCGGCAACUCUCUACACCGCUCGCGGCCCACCACCACCACCAUCAGCACCAUCCAUGAGCCCUACCUUAAAAAGUCCCACAAGGAGAAGGUACAGGAGACUCAGAUCUAGCAUCUCUCUCUCUCUCGCUCUCUCCCAACCUCCACCCCCUAGUGCCCCAAACCCCAACUCACCAUAGCCUUUACUCUUUGUGUUUUGACUUCUUUUUUCACCCUUCAUCUACACAUGCAAUAGAAUGCACAAAGAAAAAAAAAAAGACAGCAAACUACUUUUUUGUACAAAGUGCAAAACUGAGACUGUUUUUUCUUGUACAUGCUUAUACAUAAAUAUGUGAAAAAAAAACUAUAUAUAUAAAUAUAUGAAAUCAGUCCACUAUGGGAUGCUGAGAACAAACAGAUUAUAUUAAAAAAAAAGAAGAGGAAAUUUAAACUUUUCUAACCUGUAACUUCUAUUUAAAAGGUUGAGAUGUGAAGAUGUCAAAUGUCAUUGAGAGAUGAUAAUAGACUUGUUUGAAAAAGGGCAUUCUGUGAUUUUUAGACCAUUAUGCUAGAUAGGAUGCAGAAAAACACCAUUUAUACCCAGAAAACUUUCAUUAAAAAAAGGGAAAAAAGGAACAAAAAAAGAAUAUGUCCCCCGAAUGAAUCUUUACAGGUUUAUCUUGUAAAAGCACCAAGAAUUUGUAAUGUGCCAAGUGUUACACUGCACCGGCAAUAAAAUGAUUUUUUUUUGGGAAAAGACAACAAAAUAAUUCAAAUACAAAAUGUAGGUAGAAGGACCUUCGUCUAAGGAUAGCAUUUCAAAGCUGAAAGAUAGAGUCUGCUGUUUAGUAGCUCUCAGCCAAAAUGCUUCUGGACUGCACCACAUUUCCGCAGCUAGUGUUUAACUCUAUGUUUGCUGAGGAUUCAGCCUGAGUUGUCCCCCGUAUUCAGUGCUUUCUUUCUCUCGGUAAUUACCAACCCUGCUCUUCGGGAGUGCUCACAUUAUUCUCCAGUUCCCUUUGCUCUAGGGGGAUCCAGAGGUUGUAAUUUAUCACUCCCCUGUCCAACCCCCAGCUCCCUCCCCACCUGAACAGUUUGAUACAAACAGGUUUCUCAGAUCUUGGUUGCUUUCUAUAUUUCUUUAAGGUCCUGGUCGGCUUCAUUAUGGCUUGUGUAGCUUUUAGGGCUAAUUUAGUAAAUGCAUUACAACAGUUGCCUCAGAUUAGUUUUUUGCAAGGGCUCACACGGGAUGAUUUUUGUCCCUCAGAAGAGCGGAGACUGGGUGCAGUUGUUUGGUCGUUUUUUGCCGCAAGUAUAGAAAAAAAAAAGACAAAAAGACAAAAAAAAUUGAAAUAAUAAAUGCUUACACUUUAUCUUUGGUGGAAGGGAAAUGAUUAUGAGUGUUUGGGGUUGUGGGCUGUCCUCUCCUGGAGUCAUUGAAACAGUGUUAUUUUUUUUGUUCUUUGUUUUUUUUCUCCAUUAUUUCAAGCAACACUAUUUUUAUGAGGAGUCUACAGAGGUUACAACAAAGAGUAAUAAAAAAACAACAGCA